AUGAAGACCAGAGAUUAUUUUCCCGAAAUAGCUAUUGGAUCUAUUGCCGUUUCUACGAUCUCAAUAGUAGUUCUCCUAUGCUCAAUUCCAGUCCUUUUCAACAAGUCGGACGCUUCUCUAGAAGAAAUAGCAAUGAAAUCUGAGAAACUAAAGGUUGAUUUCCGGAUACUAAGAGAAACCUAUCCCGUUUCUAUUUAGCUUCAUUCCGAUAAAAUGUGGUCAGAGUUGAUGAUUAUGCAAGGACGUCCAGAAGCCGCCAAGCAACCUUUGUUCUUCUCAAGAAACAAAAGAGCCAACUGGAUGGGAGGUGCUUUCUGCAGAGGUACUAGAAUUUACUUUUCAAUAGCAUUUUUCGAUCCUUAGGCUGCUUCACGCUGUCAUGCCCAAUGGGACCUCCUGGUCCUCCGGGAUCCCCAGGACCCGACGGUCAACCUGGAGAAACCGGAAGACAAGGAAGAGCUGGUGAUGACGGCUUUGAUAUUCAGCCUGAGUCUGAACCUGAGCUUCCUUGUGUCAUAUGUCCAGCUGGUCCACCUGGUCCGCGGUAUGUCAAAGUAAAACUAGAAAAAUAGUAAAAAUCGGAUUUUUCAGUGGAGCGCAAGGAGAACGAGGGAUGACUGGCAAUCCAGGUAUGCCUGGAAUGCAAGGACCAAACGGAAUGGAAGGCGUCGACGGCCCGCCUGGUAUUCCUGGGCCAAACGGACCUCGCGGAGGAAAAGGGCCUCUCGGAGCCCGUGGUCAACCUGGAGACACUGUGAUUGCUGGAGUUGGAAUCAAAGGACCUCAAGGACCUCCGGGACCUCAAGGCAUGAAAGGACCACCAGGACCCUCAGGAAAAGGAUCCAAUCAGCCUGGACAGCCAGGCUCUCCUGGAUCUAUCGGUGCGAUAGGAGGAACUGGAAAAUCUGGCCCUUACGGAAUGGAAGGACCAGCUGGCGCUCCUGGAGAUCCAGGUUUGUAAUUUUCAGUUCGCAUAUUACAUUUUCUGAACUUGAUCCACAGUUUCAAACGUUUUGAAACAUUUUUCAUACUAAAAACAUAUAUUUUUUCACAAACAUUGGGUCAAAGCUGAAACUUCGAAAGUUUUUUUCAGGAAUGCCUGCGUCGUAUUGUCCAUCUGACUGUGGAGUGCAACCCAUCCUCACCGACAUGUUCCCAACGCCAUUUACACCAGUCAAUGGCUACGCGCAGAUGGCCAGACCUUCUCCUUCUGCCCCAGCACCUCACUCGGCGCCACUUCCCGAAACUGCCGCGGCCAAGGCUGGAGAUUCUUACUUCAACAGAAUGCACGACUUCCAAGACUUCGAGCGAAGGUGGCGUCGCAAGCUGUUGGAAAGACGUCUGCGAAUGCUACGCAGAGCGUAG